AUGGCGAUCCGCAACUACCUACCACCAUUACCGGCCUUCCUGUUCUCGACCUUAGUCGUCGGGGGUCUGGCCGCCAAGACUUUACAUAUUGGCCUUCACUUCAGCUCCAUCCCUUUCCUAUACCUCGUGCUAUACUCUCCCACUCUCAUUUUACCCGAUAUCCUCAUCAUAUUGUUCGUCCGCAUCUUACUACAAUUCCCUGCGCCAGAAACGCGCCUUCAAUGGGUCUCAACAUGUCUCGGCGGUGUCCUCUCUUUACUAACAUGGGGAGCCUCAUCAAUCCAAUUUGGUUUCUUCAUGCAAACAGGUGCCGAAGUCGCCUGGUCCGCAGGUGGUAGCUUCCUCAGUGACCCCGCCGCCAUGAAGAUCUUAUUGAGUGGCAUCUCCACGGUUUCCGCCGCCGGCACCGCCCUCGGCCUCAUUGCGUGGUUGAUUCACGCCUAUCUCUAUGCUUUGACCGGUCUGGCUUUGCAGGGCGUCCGCGACUUGUUCCUCGGCACAUAUAAAGCACGCUACACUCUCCUUUCCGCUCCUAAUAAGUCAUGGAUGGCAUCCAUUGACCUUCGAUCGGCCCGUCGUGUGGCGCUUAUUACCGCCGCCCUGGUUUCGUUGUUAUUCCUAGAAUUAUCACGACCUGCGAUUCCUUACGAUCAUCUUUCUGGCGCCUUGCCUUUAACCUUACUAGAUGCACUCCACCAUAAGACUAGUACCGCAGAAGGCUGCCGUAACCCCGCAAAGCCUUUCCCUCUCUAUUAUGUGGGUGAACAAAGCUCUUUGGCAGAUGGCUGGUCACGACCUGCAUGGCUUCCACAAGUUGCGCCAUCGGGAUUUAGUCGUUGGGACAAGGACCCUGCGCAACGGGCCGAGGAGGAUAACCCAUCUUACUUUAUCUGCGAUGGGGGUGCGGAUGGUUUCUUCAACCCGAAGGCUGACCCGCUCAAGAUCUCCAAUCUGGGUGAUGAUAUAUAUGAGCCCCUACAAAAGGCUUUCAAGGAGCACUCGGUCCAGAUUGAUAAUGUCGUAUUGGUGACCCUGGAGAGUGGACGGAAGGAGAUGUUCCCCAUGCAGCAGGGUACCCCCAUGUUUGAUGGCCUUCUCGCCUCUCACCAAGAGAACAAGAGAGAUGAAGCAACUGAUCGUCUAGUUACGAUGACCCCGAUUGCGCAGAUGUUAACCGGCGAAUAUGUGAGCGAUUCCAAGGGCGAGAGAGUGAAUUUGACCAUGGCAAAGUGGCAAGAUCCCGCGGAAGAAGGCAUGGGAGGACUGAAUGUUCGAGGCGCACUCACAGGCAGCUCUCUGACAUUCAAGAGUAUUCUCGGUAGUCACUGUGGUGUUCAUCCUCUACCGGUGGACCUUUUAGAGGAAUCUAUGCUCGAGAUUUACCAGCCUUGCCUGCCCCAACUGUUCGAAUUGUUCAACCAGGUCAAGUCACCAAAAUCGCCGGUGCCCAUCAAAUCUCGAUCCAACACAUCUUCCAGCAUCACAUCUCCCAGCAUAGACACUUUGAAGAAACCAUGGAAAUCCGUCUUCAUGCAGUCCAUCACCGAUGAUUACGAUCGUCAGAAUAUCUUGGAUGACAACAUGGGCUUCAAACACAAGGUUGUCAAGGAUACCAUCACCUCGCCUCACGCCAAGUAUCAUGCUCAGGGAGAAGAGAUCAACUACUUUGGGUACGCAGAGACGGAGUUGAAGCCUUAUGUGCGCGAUUUGUUCUAUGAAGCCGCCAAUAACAACACCCGUGUCUUCCUUUCCCACGUCACUAGCACAACGCAUCACCCCUGGAAGACACCCCGCAGGUGGCAGAAGGAGGAUUACAUGGGAGCAGUGGGCAACAUCAACCACGACCUCAUGAACAGCUAUCUGAACACUGCACGCUUCGUCGACGAAUGGCUUGGAGACAUCAUGAACCUCCUCGAGGAGACAGGUAUCGCAAACUCGACUCUAGUCGUCAUUGUAGGCGACCACGGCCAAGCUUUCGGCGAAGACAACAAAGACAUGACAGGUACCUACGAGAACGGCCAUAUUAGCAAUUUCCGCGUCCCGCUCGUUUUCCGACACCCACACAUGCCCCGAAUCAACAUCGACGCUAACGCAACUUCCCUCUCCAUCAUCCCUACCAUCCUCGACAUGCUCGUUCAAUCAAACUCCCUCGAUACCCGUGAUUCAGAAAUCGCCUCAUCCCUCCUGCCAGAGUAUCAAGGCCAAUCGCUCAUCCGCCCAUUCGUCUCAUCCGUCAAAGAAAACUCCCACCACGACGGCAAGGUUGAGAACCCCGAUGACAACUCAAAGCGCGCACCUCACAAGCACCAUGAACGUCCUCAUACCCGAUAUGCAUGGAACUUCGGCCUCAUCAACGCCGGUGGGUCUAUGAUCUCCGUCACAGCCGCUGGUCUGCCUUACAGACUUGUUCUUCCACUUCGCGAAGGGUUUGAGUACGGCUUCUCUCAUUUGGAUAAAGAUCCCGGUGAACUGCACCCUAUCAAAGCGUGGACUUUGGGGUCCCUUCUUAAGGAAGUCGAAUCCGAUUACGAUGAGGAAGCUAGUGAAUGGCUUGAAGAAGCUGAGCAAGUCGCUAAAUGGUGGGUUAAUAACCAAAUUCGAAUUUGGGGAUACCGAGAAGCUUAA